UCACGUGACGCCCGGCCCGGAAGCGCUCGCUCUCGAGACCCCCGGGUGACGGGGUCGGGAGCUGCCGCCUGGAGCGAGCGGGGAGGUCGCGGGGGUCCCUGCAGUUUCCCGCUCCCCGCAUCCGCCGCCAUGGCCUGGACCAAGUACCAGCUGUUCCUGGCCGGGCUCAUGCUCGUCACCGGCUCCAUCAACACGCUCUCGGCCAAGUGGGCAGACAACUUCAUGGCCCAGGGCUGCGGAGGGAGCAAGGAGCACAGCUUCCAGCAUCCCUUUCUCCAGGCAGUGGGCAUGUUCCUGGGGGAGUUGUCCUGCCUGGCGGCCUUCUUCCUGCUCCGCUGCAGAGCUGCGAGGCACCCAGAUGCCAGCAUGGAUCCUCAGCAGCCCUUCAACCCCCUUCUUUUCCUGCCCCCUGCCCUGUGCGACAUGACGGGGACCAGCAUCAUGUAUGUGGCCCUGAACAUGACGAGUGCCUCCAGCUUCCAGAUGCUCCGGGGCGCAGUGAUCAUAUUCACAGGCCUAUUCUCAGUGGCCUUCCUGGGGCGGAGGCUGGCGCUGAGCCAGUGGCUGGGCAUCCUUGCCACCAUCGUGGGGCUGGUCGUUGUGGGCCUGGCCGACCUCCUGAGCAAGCACGAUGAUCAGCACAAGCUCAGCGAAGUGAUCACAGGGGACCUGUUGAUCAUCAUGGCCCAGAUCAUCGUCUCCAUCCAGAUGGUGCUCGAGGAGAAGUUCGUCUACAGGCAUAAUGUGCACCCGCUGCGGGCGGUUGGCACUGAGGGCCUCUUUGGCUUCGUGAUCCUGUCCCUGCUGCUGGUGCCCAUGUACUACAUCCCCGCCGGCUCCUUCAGUGGAAACCCCCGAGGGACGCUGGAGGACACGCUGGACGCCUUCUGCCAGGUGGCCCGACAGCCACUCAUCGCCCUGGCGCUGCUGGGCAACAUCAGCAGCAUCGCCUUCUUCAACUUUGCGGGCAUCAGCGUCACCAAGGAACUGAGCGCCACCACCCGCAUGGUGCUGGACAGCCUGCGCACCAUUGUCAUCUGGGCACUGAGCCUGGCGCUGGGCUGGGAGGCCUUCCACCCUCUGCAGAUCCUGGGCUUCUUCAUCCUCCUGAUGGGCACCGCCCUCUACAAUGGGCUGCACCGCCCGCUGCUGACCCGCCUGGCCAGGGGCCGGCCCUCAGCAGACGAGGGCGAGCAUGAGAGACUGCUCGCUGGUCCUCGGACUCCCAUCAAUGAUGCCAGCUGAGCCUCUGGUGGGUUCUCUGCUGCUACCUGGAUGCACCUUGUCCACCCUGAGGCCGAGGGCACACAGUGGACAGUGUGCUGUCCCCAAGGCCUCACCCUGCCCCUCCUCUCAGACCCCCGAUCCCCCCCAGAGCAGCUGCUGCCACAGGAGAUGACCAGACACCCGGGUGCUCCUUUGUCACCACCCCCUACAGCCCCCACAGGCCUGAGUGUGGUGACCUACCCCCUGCCAGGUUCCCACCCCACACCCCGCAAGCCCCUCCUGCAGCUCUAGCACUAAAUCAUGAAGUGGUACUGCAGGAACUAACAACCCUAAGAUUUCCUCCUAAAUCAUAAGCUAAAUUUGGUUCUCCAGAGAAGAGGGGCCAGUGAACAAAUUCAAACCAGAACUAAGCGCCGUAUUUUCUAGAACUUGUAGGCUCUUCGCUAACCCUGUCUUGGAGACCUGAGUUUUAGCUGGACUCUGCCACAAACUCAGCAUAUGUCCCCCAGCCCAUUACCUACUGGCCCUGGGCCUUGGGGUCCCGUCUGUAAAGCAGAAGGUGCAGAUGCUGUGGCUUCCGUACCUUCCAGCCUCAGCCGGGCCCAUCCUGUGGGAAGGGAGGAGCCCAUUCUUUGGAAAUGCCCCUUUGCCCACAGUGCCUCCUCCCCAUGCCAGUGUUGGUCCUUGCUCCCACGCUCUCAAGGCCUCCCUGCCUGGGGGAGAUGUCAGGGGGAACUCCAAGCAGCCCUUAAUAGCAGCUUUUAUGAACUCUUCACCUUCCAUUUUAAAGAUGAAAAGACUGAGGCCCAGAGACAUAAGUGGUUUUGUAAGAAGGCUCUCCUGCUGUGGACUCUGGCCAUGCACUUGGGAUCCAGAGCACAUCGGGACCUCAGCCCCACCCCCAGCAACCUGACUCCCUAAAUAUCCCUCCAGGGUGAUGAAUUUACCAGCACUGCACCAUUUAGAGUAAUUCUGGUAUCCUAGGCAUGUGUUAAAUGCUCAGCAAUAGCCCUCUGGCGUAACAACCUGCUCAGGUGUGUGCAGAUGAGGAAGCCGUGGCCCAGAGGUGGUUAACUGGCUUCCUCAACGGAGCCAGCAGUCCAAGCUAGGUUUGCCUGAUUCCAAACCUACAGCUCCACCCACCAUACAGGUCUCUGGGGCCUUUGGGGUAAAUUUCCCAUGGCCAGAAUAAAAGCUUCAUGUGCUUUUGUCCUCCCCACCCUGAAGAGAGGGAACUGGCAUUGGGGACCCCAAGGAGCAGAGCAGCCCUUCCUUAUGGAGUUCCUCAUUCCGUGGCAGUUUCUGGAACCUCAGACCAUUUUUCUGGGCAGCUCAAUCAAAACAAAACACCGAAUGCCUUCCUUAAAAUAGGUUCUGGGGGAAGGGAUCUUUGACAAGCAAAGCCCUCAGGCUGUGUGGAAAUCAGCAGGUUAUUACAGUUUAUUGGGAGAGGAGGGCCUCUCCAUGCCACCAGCUCCGAGUCCCAGGGGCCCCGGAGCUUCUGUGGGUCACAGUGUGUGCCACAAAAGAAGGAAAUGGAGGGCGAGUGUGGUGGGGACUCCAGCCGCCCUGUCCAAAAGAACUGGGGCCUUACAAUGUCGUUUUAGGCUCUAUUUUUAAAAACAAAAGGGAAAUUGGCAGUGUGGCUUUUUUUUUUUUUUUUUUUUUUUAAUGGGAGGGAAGGAGCACAAGGGUUAAACAUCAGGCCUGCCACCAAAUCGGGCAAAUCACUUUACGUCUGGAGCUUUGGGUCUUCACAUCUCUAAAACAGGAAAGCCGGCCCUCCAUCUUGCCGGAUGAACACGAAAAUCACAUGAGAUAAUAAACCGAAGGUGCCUGUAAAUGCCAGUGCACGGUGGACAGUCGUGUCAGGCCGCACUGCCCACCAGUGUGGUCUGCCGGGGGCACGAAGUCCCAGCAGAGGCCCAGCGCGGAGCAUCAGCUUUUGCUCAGAGGGGAAGAAAUGUUUUAAAAUACACCAUCAUGGAAAAAAGUACACCAUCAUUGAGGAGAAUACAAAAUUCCCAUCUAUCUUAAGACAAAACAAGAUGCCUCAAGAACACUUUAUGCCUUUGGUAGAUACCCUCCCAGCCCCCAGAGAUGCGUUCACUCUCCUGUCGCUCAGGGGUGCUCUGGAGGGUGAGUUUGAGAGGUCUUGCUGGUCGUGUGGGCGGGAGGGUAAGGACCACCACUCUCUCUCGCUGAGUGGAGUAAGGGGGUUCGGAAUGGUGGAAGUUUGGUGUGGAGGUUCCGAACACCAAAAUCAGAACUGACUGAUACUGGGCUUCUGUAAACAUCAGUUCGAAGACUGUAAUUUAAACCAUGUGCAUCGUAGCAGACUGCUCAAUCCCUGCCCCUUGCAAAGUGGUCUUGGAAGGAAGCCUAGGGCAGGGGCUACCUGCAGGACUGCCAUGCAGCACCUGGGGUGGCCCUCGGGCUCCGCCACCAGGAAUCUGCCCGCAAGGCAGAGAUUUAGCACCAUACCAAGUGGUUCCAUUUGGCUUCACUUUGACCAAAGGUCUCUGCUAGUUUAAGAAACAGCACUCAAAGAGGUCAGAUCUCUGACCCCUGCUGAGGACAGUAGGAGGAGUGGAGCAAAGGGCCUCCUGGUAUAGAGGAAAGAAGUAGAACCAGAAUCAGCUGUGUUCGCAGCCCCGCUUCGACUUUGGGUGACCUUGGACAAAUCACGUUACCUCUCAAGACCUUAGCUACCUAACAGGUUCUCAGCGUUACUAAAUAUGUAUACCUUCCUGACCCGCUUACAGAUUAACCUCAUGCUUUCAUAUUUGCCUUGGUUAAAAGCCCCUUUGGCCUUUUGUUGACUACAUCCUUUCUAAACUUAAGGUCAGCAGAGAACUUCCCCUAGCUAUAAAAGUUUAUAAAUCACCCAUCUUCAUUAGGAACACUUGUCAAAAAAUCUUCAGUAAAGGAUUACUAUCUCAGAAUUUAGCCAACUGUACUGGGAAUGGAUGUGCCCCAAGGGCUGUGGAUCUGUGAAAGAAAAACAGGAGACAAAUGCGUAAAGAAAGAAUGCAGGCACAGUGUGAUGUGCACAAGAGGCCUUUGUAUGAGAUACAAAGGAAGCUGUACAGGAGCGAUCAGCUAACUCAGCCUAGAACCAGAGAGCUCCACUCGAGCUGGGUGUUAAAGACUGGGCAAGAUUCCCCGGGGAGACUUCCUCCAGGAGGAAGGAGCAGCUUGUAAAAAAGCACGGAAACAUGUAAGUGAUGUACUCAAGAACUGCAGGGAAGUAGACAGGUAUGCCAAUAAGCAUGCAAUGCUAAAAGUGGCCAGAGACAAGGUCAGAGAGGUGGACAGGCGCCCAGGUGGUGCUGUACCUUUUAGAUUUUGCUGAGGCAUGAGAACUCCGUCUGUAGACAGUAGAGUACCCUGGGGGAGUUUUAAGCAAGGGAGUGAUGUGAUCCAAACUGCUGUUUGGAAAGAUCACUAAAGGCAGAGACCAGUGAAACAACGUUUAAUUAAUUAGAGUCUGAACUAGAGAAAUGGUGAAUGAAUGCAAGAGCCAUUCAAGGAGUGAACUUAAUUUUAGAGCCCUUGGCUGUCAGAUCUUCUAUUGCAUAAGCCAUCACCAAAGAGUGGGUCUUCUGGACCAGACUGCUCACCCCACCUUCCAUCACAGUGGACCCACGGAGUGUCCCCAACUACAGCUGCUUCCCUUUUCUUUCCUGCCUUCCUUUGCCCUUUUUUCCCUCAUUUUAAAACUCGUAAAAUACACACAACAAAACAUCAUUUUGACCAUUAUGAAGUGUUCAGUGGCAUUAAAUUCUCCUUGUUGUGCAGCGGUCCCCACCAUCCAACCCUAGAACUUUUUUAUCUUCCCAAACUGCAACUCUGUACCCAUUCAACACUACUCCCCAUUCCUCCUUUCCUGUGAGCCCCUGACAACCACUAUCCUACUUUCUAUGAAUUUGACUACUCUAGGUACCUAAUGUAAGUGGAAUCAUGCAAUAGUUCUCCUUUUGUGUCUCUUGUGUUUUGCUUACCACAAUGCCUUCGAGGUUUAUUCAUGUUGUAACAUAUGUCAGAAUUUACUUUCUUUUUAAGGCUGAAUACUAUCUCAUUGUAUGUAUGCACUACAUUUUGUUUAUUCAUCCAUUUGGACAUAUUGGGCUAUUGUGAAUAACAUUGCUGUGAGCAAA